AUGUUCAAAAAGUUCAAUGAAAAAGAUAGUGUAUCAAGUGUUACACAACUCCGGAAUACGGACGUAAAGCGGCUCAAGCAACGUCUUCAACAAGAUUUUCCUAAUAUUGAAUCUGUCCUAGACGAAAUUCUGCCGAAGAAAGAUACGCCAAAGCUAGUCAAAUGUCAAGAUCAUAUUGAAUUAAUCACCGAUUCGGCAGGCCAAGCUUUAUUUUUUCGUUUUCGCGAUUCUCAAUCGUAUAUUCCAUUAUUACGCUUAUUACAUAAAUAUCCAUUCAUUUUACGACCCGAGCAAGUCGACAAAGGUGCGAUUCGCUUUGUCCUUUCAGGAGCGAAUAUAAUGUGUCCAGGUUUAACAUCUCCCGGUGCAAAAUUAUGCGACGCACCUAAAGAUACCAUCUGCGCUGUGAUGGCCGAGGGUAAAGAACAUGCAUUAGCCAUUGGCUUGCUGAAAAUGUCAACUCAAGAUAUACAACAAAUCAAUAAAGGUAUUGGAAUUGAAACAUUACAUUACUUGAAUGACGGUCUAUGGACUGUUAAGCAAGGAUUUAAAUGA